GGGUGAUGCGGCCGGGGCAGCCGCUUGCCUGAAGGGGCGGGAGUCAGGGCGCGCACGCGCGCGCGGGGUGGGGGAAGGCCGCCUCCGCCGCCUUCGCGAGGGGAGCGGGCGAACAGCGCCGCUGAGAGGACCGACAAGGCAGGCAGGGCUGGGAAGAAGGAACACGGGGGGAAAAGAGCCUCCGGCCUUCGACGGGGCCAGCACACGCCCCUCCUCGCGCGCCCCUGCCUUGCCCGCUUCCGCCGAACCGCCCUCCGCGCUUCUUCCGCGGCCGAAAAGUAGUUCCCCUCCUUCCUCCCUCUCUCCCUCCCUCCCUCCCUUCUCGCGCGCCGCCCUCAACAGGCUCCGCCGCCGCGAUGGCGCUGAAGAGAAUCCACAAGGAAUUGAAUGAUCUGGCACGUGAUCCUCCAGCACAGUGUUCAGCAGGGCCUGUUGGAGAUGAUAUGUUCCAUUGGCAAGCGACAAUAAUGGGACCAAAUGACAGUCCUUAUCAGGGUGGGGUGUUCUUCUUGACGAUUCACUUCCCAACAGAUUAUCCCUUCAAACCACCUAAGGUUGCAUUUACAACAAGAAUUUACCAUCCAAAUAUCAACAGUAAUGGCAGUAUUUGUCUUGAUAUUCUACGGUCACAGUGGUCUCCAGCAUUAACUAUUUCAAAAGUACUUUUGUCCAUCUGUUCUCUGUUGUGUGAUCCCAAUCCAGAUGAUCCCUUAGUGCCUGAGAUUGCACGGAUCUACAAAACAGAUAGAGAAAAGUACAACAGAAUAGCUCGAGAAUGGACUCAGAAGUAUGCGAUGUAAUUAAAGAAAUUAUUGGAUAACCUCUACAAAUAAAGAUAGGGGAACUCUGAAAGAGAAAGUCCUUUUGAUUUCCAUUUGACUGCUUUCUAUGAGCCCACGCCUCAUCUUCCCCUGUGCACAUGUUUACCUGAUACAGCCGUGCUGCGUGUUGUACAUACUUGGAACAAUGAAAUACUGUAUUCCAUACCAACAUUGACUCCUAGCAAAGAAAUGUGUGUGAAAAGCCAGUUCUUCAAAGUCUAGUUGUGAGCAUAAAAGCAUUCCUAAAAUAUUUAAAUUGGGCAUAAACCAAAGGUAGGGGGAGGGGGCAGAGAGUAAAAGUCUUUCAGUGAUUGAAAAGGAGAAUUUUGCUUAAGUGGAAUCCUUUUAAACUCAUAACAGUUAUGAAAAAUGUAUGUGAAGAACUUGAAGCUGUUUCUGUAUUUUUAUUCUGAAGGACCUACUUUGGUAAAUGUAUGACCAACAAGAUCAAACUGUACCCACAUCCUGUGUUUAAAGGUCUAAGUUUAACUGGUCAGCAUUUAAAUGCAUUGGAGCUAUUAGUGCAUCAAGUGACGUUGAUUUUGUUUCAGCUCCUCCCCCCCUCCCCCCUUCCCUUCAUAAUUUUGGUUUGUAUGUGUUUUCUCAGUUAACAUAGCUAAUAGCUCUUAUUUUCUUAAGUUUUUAACUGCUUAGGUCUUUCUGGAUGUAAGGGUAAAAAUUCAUUUGACAGACUUGUGUAUAUUUAAAGACCCAAAUGCUCCUUUGGAGCUUGUACGUUCAAGAAUGAUUAAUCUGUGUAAUAAACUGAUUACUACAGUCAUUACAUAUAA